UGUUUUGUCACACUACCUUGUGUCACGCGCGCAAAUGGCACGUCCAGACAGUAUAUAUGCUUCUGGAAAUUAGCGUUUGUUCACCACCCGAAAAUGUUUUCCUUAGCUGAAACCUUUUCAUUCCUCGACAAUCCCAAUAUCAAUUGGAAGAAUGUCAUCUUGGGCUUCACCAUCGGCCAAGCGGUGUUCGAGAACUACCUUGCCUACCGCCAGUACCAAGUGUUGAAGAGAAAGACUCCUCCUGUGUCGUUGAAGGCCGAAGUCACCCAGGAGACCUUCGACAAGUCCCAGGACUACUCCCGUGCCAAGGCCAGAUUCGGGUUCGUUACUGACAUCUACAAUGUUUUGCAAUUGGUUGCCACCGUCAAGUAUGACGUGUUGCCCAAGCUCUGGACCGUGGCAGGCUCGUUGGUCCAAAAGGCCAGCCCCAUCCUCCCAUCGUUCUUAGGCGGUAUCAUCACUCAAUCCUUGUUUUUCGUUGGUGUCCAAGAAGUUAUUUCCGUUGUGUUGUCCUUGCCCGUGUCCUACUACUCCAACUUCGUGUUGGAAGAGAAAUACGGCUUCAACAAGUUGACGCUUGGUUUGUGGAUCAGCGACAAGCUCAAGAGCUUUGCAUUGAGUGUCGUGCUUGGCUACCCCAUCCUUGGACUUGCCUUAAGAAUCUUUGACUUCACCGGCGACUCGUUCAUUGCCUACAUCAUGAUCCUUGUUCUUGCCGUCCAGUUGACUUUCAUGACUAUCUACCCGCUUUUUAUCCAGCCUUUGUUCAACAAGUUCACUCCUUUGCAAGAAGGUGAAUUGAAGACUGCCAUCGAAAACUUCGCUGCUAAAGAAAAGUUCCCAUUGUCCAAGUUGUACGUGAUUGAUGGUUCCAAGAGAUCAUCACACUCUAAUGCCUACUUCACUGGAUUGCCUUGGAGUAAGCAGAUCGUCUUAUAUGACACUUUGAUCGACCACUCCACCACAGAAGAGACUGUUGCCGUCAUUGCCCACGAAAUUGGCCACUGGAAGUUGUCCCACUUGGCCAAGAUGUUGGUGUUUGCUCAAGCACAAAUCUUCACCUCCUUUUCAUUGUUUUCUGCCUUUAUCCGUAACAGAUCCCUUUACAACUCAUUCGGUUUCACUACUGUCCAACCCACCUACAUCGGAUUCCUUUUGUUCGGCCAUAUUUCCACCCCUAUCAACCUUGGUAUCCAGUUCCUUUUCAAUUUGUUAUCCAGAAAGCACGAAUACGAAGCUGAUGAAUAUGCCAAGUCGCGUGGUUUUGCUGAACCAUUGGCCAAGGGUUUGAUCAAGUUGUUGAGUGAGAACUUAUCUUCGAUGGACGCUGACGGGUUAUACUCUGCUUACCACCACUCGCACCCAAUUCUUCCUGAAAGAUUAAAUGCCAUUGGAUACAUUUCCAAGGAGAAGAUUGCUGAUAUCAAACCUUUCAAGAAUGAUUAAAUAUAUUAUUAAAUACGAUAAGUUUUCAAUCGAUUGAUUAUUUUAGAUACUUGUAAUCCACCAUGAAG